GACUUGUCCAAGGUGUCGGACGAGGAGCUGCUCAAGUGGAGCAAGGAGGAGCUGAUCCGCAGCCUCCGCCGCGCCGAGGCCGAGAAGAUGAGCGCGAUGCUGGACCACAGCAACCUCAUCCGCGAGGUGAACCGCCGCCUCCAGCUCCACCUCGGCGAGAUCCGCGGCUUGAAGGGAGAGGGGGGGGAUAUCAACCAGAAACUGCAAGAAGAUAACCAAGAACUGAGAGACCUCUGCUGCUUUCUGGAUGAUGACAGGCAGAAAGGCAAGAAGGUGUCCCGUGAAUGGCAGAGACUGGGCAGAUACAGUGCUAGUGUUAUGCACAAAGAGGUUGCCUUAUACUUACAGAAGCUGAAAGAACUGGAAGUGAGACAAGAAGAAGUGGUUAAGGAAAACCUGGAGCUGAAAGAAUUGUGUGUGUUGCUGGAUGAGGAGAAAAGUGGUGGAGCAGGCAGCCGGAGCUCUAUCGACAGCCAAAUCAGCCUGUGCCAGUUAACCACGACGAGUACUUACGUAAGAGAUGUCGGUGAUGGGAGUAGUACUUCUAGCACGGGGAGUACCGACAGUCCAGACCAUCAUAAACAUCAUCCAAGUACUAGUCCAGAACAUCUUCAAAAACCUCGGGGUGAAGGAAGCCCUGAGCAUCAGAAACACAGGAGCAUCAGCCCAGAGCACCUCCAGAAACCCAGGAGUUCUGGCAGCCCUGAUCAUCACCUGAAAGGACCAAGUCCAGAACAUCACAAAACCAUUGUCAAAGCACCUGAACAACAAAAGCACAUCAGCAGCAGCCCAGAAACUCUCCCAAAGCACGUUUUGAGUAGUAGCCCUGAACACUUUCAAAAGCAGAGGCCUGGUAGUAGCCCUGAGCAUCAAAAGCACAGCAGCGGCAGCCCAGAUCAUCUUCAAAAGCACACACCAAGUGGAAGUACAGAACAUCUCCACAAAGUGAGGGGUACGAGCCCUGAGCAUCUCAAACAACACUAUGGAGGGAGCCCAGAGCAUCUCAAACAUCUCAGUGGAGGCAGCAGAGAAGGUACCCUCAGGAGACAAGUAACAGAUGACCUGUCACCUCACCACAGAAGUAUAUACAAUGGAAUGAACGCUCACGUGCCGUACCAGUACCACCGCUACUCCGGAGCGGAGCGCUGGGAUAGCCCGUUCAGUAACUCUCCCUUCAGACCUGUGGCUAGUGCCCUUAUCUUCCGAGCAUUUAACCAGUACGAAGCGGAG